UGUCGGACCUAUUUGCAGACGGAACCGGAAGCUCUGCUAGUCACAACUUCCACACAUGUGUAAUUGGGCAUAGAGCUGGCCUCUCGUGCUGUUCUGUGUACAGUUGUUAUAACAUUAUUAAGUUUGACCAAAAAGCAGCUGAACACGAGCGUUUAAAGGCUGUUUGGACGAGAUGGCGGAGAUCGUUCAGCAGCGGAUCGAGGACAGAAUCCCUGAGCUGGAGCAGCUGGAGAGAGUGGGACUGUUCACCAAGAAAGAAGUCAAAUCAAUAAUCAAGAGAGUAACAGCCCUGGAGUACAAGCUUCACAGGCUGAUCGUAAAUAAGGAGGACUUCAUUGCAUACAUUCAGUAUGAAAUCAAUGUUUUAGAGCUGAUCAAGAAGAGAAGAGCACACAUACACUAUCAGUUCAAACGAGAGGAGAUUGAGUACCCCAUCAUCCACAGAAUAAAUAGCAUCUUUAAAAGAGCAACAAAUAAGUGGAAGGAUGAUGUGCAGCUAUGGCUCUCACAUGUUGCUUUCUGUAAGAAAUGGGCCACCAAGAGCCAAAUCAGCAAGGUGUUCUCAGCCAUGCUUGCCAUCCAUCCUGACAAACCAGCUCUGUGGAUCAUGGCUGCCAAGAGCGAGCUGGAGGAUAGAAAUUCUUCUGAGAGCGCGAGACACCUGUUUCUGAGGGCACUGCGAUUCCACCCAAAUGAUAAGAAAGUCUACCAGGAGUACUUCCGUAUGGAGCUGCUGCAUUGUGAGAAACUGAGGAAGCAGAAGAUUCAGCUGGAGCAGGCUCAGAUGGACCUGGGUGAAUAUGAAUUUUCUCCAGAGAUCCUGAGUGGUAAACUGGCUGAGGUUGUAUACAAAGAUGCUACAGGGAAAAUCAAAGAAGCAGAGUUUGUCAUCUCACUUCUGAACAUAGCGGCUAUUUUUGACUUCACCAAAGACCUCCAAGAAUCCAUCCUGCAAGACUUACAGACUAACUACACAGACGACAGCUCCACGUGGGAUUUCAUGGCUAAGAGGGAGCUGGAGGCCCCAGGAGCAGGAGAGGAGCUCCAGACUGCCAAAGGCAGGGCCUCAGAUAUAAACCGCAGAGAGGAGCGCUGCUGCCAGGUCUAUGAGGAGGGCGUCAAGAGUCUGAACACUGAGCCCAUGUGGACCUGCUACGUGGCCUUCUUGUUGGAAAGGAUGAAAAGGAAGACCAACGUCCAAGAGCUGAAGGAAAAACGGCAGGAGAGGCUGCUGGGAGUGCUGCAGCGUGCCCACGACUGCUCGCUGCUGAAGGAGAAUUACUACAAGAACUGGCUCCAAAUCUUGCUCUCAUCGGGAGAUGCUGAGGGAGCAGCAAGUGUUGCCAUGACAGCCACGCAGCGCUACAGCCAAUCAGUGACCAUGUGGAGUUUGAGCCUGCAGACGCUGAUGGAGCUAGGGAGCCGAGACAUAGGCCGGUGUUUUCAGGACGCUCUCAAACACGUUAAUCCCAAGGAGAGUCUACCACUGUGGCAGCUGCAGUUUGAGUGGAGCAAGGCCAACCAGAGUGCCGAGGAGACCGAAGCCAUCCUCAAGAGAGGUCUGCUGUCUGCAGUCCCGGCUGUUGCCAUGGAGAUGAAAGAGUGCUACCUCGAUUGGUCCUACUCCACUGGAGGCUACAAGAAGGCGAGGAAGACCUUUACAAGCUUACAGGAAAACCGCCCCUUGUCCAAGGACUUUUUCACCAGAAUGAUUCAAAUCGAGAAGGAACAAGAAAAUCCAAAGAUGAGCAAUCUGAGGGACUACUAUGAGAGGGUGCUGCAGGAGUUCGGCACCUCCGAUGAAGAUCUGUGGCUGCAGUACAUCCGCGAGGAACUCGGACCCCUCGGCCAGCCAGAGAACUGUGGAAAGAUCCACUGGAGAGCCAUGAAGUUUCUGGAAGGAGAGAGUGUAGAAAGAUUCGUUUCCAAAUAUGCACUCCUUCAGACUGGACACUUAUGAGUAGCAGAGAAACAAGGCUGUGAGUUCAGAUAACAAAAACCUUGUGGAGGUUUGUCAGCUGAGGAACAAGCACAUGUUUCUGAGCGAUUCUUCCUCCCAGUCUAAUUGAAGACUGGUGCCAUGCUGAAUUUCUUUCAUUCCCAGCAUUGCAGUUUCUGUUGUUUGCGGUUCAUUCAAAAUAAACCUGCUCGUUCCUCUUUAAAGGUUCCAGCCAUGAUACAAGAACAAUUCUCAUUUUCACAGACUUGUUUUUUCUUAUCGAUUGCAGCGGUAACUUGCAACAGGUGUUCGUUUUUGUUUUAAGGUCUGUGCUGCGUUUGUUAACCCCACAGUAAUGACGCCCAGAGUCAUUAAACACACGUUUGUCAUUUUGAGAAGAUAAACUUUAAUGCUGUUAUGAAGAUGAUAUUAAAACAGUCUUUCAUU